ACAAAAAUCAAUAAUACAAAGAAAGAAUAUCAAGUAAAGAUAGCCGCAAAUAUGAUCCAAAGUGUUCCUUACCUUGUUACUCUUGCCCUGUUAGCUUUGGCAUUUCGCCUAGCCUCUGCCUUUGACCCUAGUGCUCUCCAAGACUUCUGUGUUGCAGUUAAUGAUUCCAGUUCAGGAGUAUUUGUCAAUGGAAAAUUCUGCAAGGAUCCAAAUCUUGUCAAAGUUGAUGAUUUUUUCGUUCCCGGGUUAGACAUUCCCGGAAGCACCUCAAAUCCACUUGGGUCAAAUGUCACUCGAGUCGCUGUGGACAACCUACUGGGCCUCAACACUCUAGAUAUAUCCUUGGCUCGUAUUGACUUUGCACGAAAUGGUGUAAAUACUCCUCACACUCACCCUCGUUCCACAGAGGUUUUACAAGUCCUAGAGGGUACGCUCUAUGCUGGCUUUGUCACAUCUAAUCCCAAUCGUCUCUUUACCAAAAUUUUAAACAAGGGAGACGUCUUUGUAUUCCCAAUUAGUCUCAUUCACUUUGAGCUCAAUAUAGGGAAAACCGACGCUGUUGCGCUUUCUUUUUUCAAUAGUCAAAAUCCAGGAGUUAUCACCACAGCAGAUGCAGUCUUUGGGUCUAAUCCUCUCAUCAAUGUUGAUGUUCUCGCCAAGGCCUUUCAACUAGACAAGAAUGUGAUUGAGUAUCUUCAGAAACGAAUAUGGCAGAACAAUAACAAUUAGAGAAAACCAUAUUAGACCAUUCAAAUAAAAUUUGCCCUGUUUCUUUCAUGUAAUUGAUCGAAAUAAUCAUAAUGAAAUAUAAUGGUUGCACAAAUAAAUCUUGAAUUACAAGAUUU